ACUUCUGUUCUAAAGUGAGAAAGCUUCUUCCUGUUGGUGAAUGCUGUGGUGUUCUGACAUGUUGCCAUGAUCUGUCGUCUGUUUUCCAAACGAAUGAAAGUAACACUUCAAAACUUGCCUAAUUUCCGAGUAGUCUACUCUGUCAGCAUGGACUUGGUUCUCCUACUGAUUCUUACCUUCCUUUCCAAUGGACCAUGUUACGCUUUGAGGAUGGAACAAGCUGGUGAUUUCUGUGAUUACAACUGUCCCCAUGGAUACUAUCGCAACGGUGUCUGUGCUGAUAAAGGGAAGUACAGAUGUAAUAAAUGUGAGGAUGGCGAAUACACAGACAGGGAAAACUUAUUGGAAUGCCACAGGUGUUCUCAAUGUCGUCAUAAAGAGGUGGAAAUAAAGCCUUGCUCAGAUAUUAGUGAUAGAAUAUGUGAUUGUCCAGAGCGACAUUACUACCUUGGUGACCCUGACUUUGGGAUAUGCCAGCCUUGCCCAGAUGAUCCAUGUAACAAGUCUCCUCGCCACAAGGAUUGCAGAAGAAAGUGUCAAAGAAAUACAACAACUAACUCACCUGUGCCUACAGCCAGAUCUACAAUUACAGCUACACUGACAACUAUAAGAAAUACUCCUGAAAUGAAUCGAAUUUCUCCACACUGGAACCAAAUGGCCUGGUUGUUCCUGGUGGGGUUUACAGUUGUGAUUUUUCUUGUGCUCUCUUGGCUCCUGUUCUUCAUCAAGCCCCCUCUCAAAUGCCCUGGCAGCUGUCCCUGCUGGAGCCCAAACAAAGACCUGGAGCAACCUGUCCAGGACUCUAAAUGCAAUGAACAACACAGUCAUCAAGGCAGCAGCCCAACCACAGUGACAGUGAACAUAACUGAGGAAACUUCCAUGAUCACUCUGAAUGAGAGCCAGUCCACACGAGAACACCCCACUGCAGCCUACAAGAUUCCUCUGCUGCCAGACACCGAACACAAAGCUGACAGACAAGGGAAUUAUUCAGGGCACUGGCCUGCCAUUGUCCUGUACGCCAUUAUCAACGAGGUGCCCCUGCGCAGGUGGAAGGAGUUCUUGCGCCUGCUCUCAGUGGCUGACCAGCAGCUGGAGCGGGUAGAGCUCGAGGCUGGUUUGGGUCUCGGCUCCAUUGAGAAGCAGUACCAGAUGCUGAGGCUGUGGAGCCAGCGCUCCACUGCAAACCUGAAUGAUGUCUUCUUGGCCUUGCACUACAUGGAUUUAUCAGGCUGUGCCCAGCUGUUGCAGGAAAGACUGGACAAACUGAAGUGGAGGUCUGAAAUGAAAGAAGGUGUCACAACUGGCAGGAAUUACACGGGAAAUGGUUUCAGUGGGGUGGUGCAGGAAACCUGAGGUUGCACCUGCUGUACACAAGGACUACACUAUCAUUUA